AUGGAGACCUCAAAACCAACUACAGAACUGGUAACGAAGAAGAUGCAAGGGUUGAAGGCAACCAUGAUGAUGAUAGCAGCUCAAUUGGCAAUUGCAGCAAUCACUGUUGCCUAUAAAUUGGCAGCAAAUGAUGGAAUGCAUAUGAGGAUUAUGGUUUUCUAUCGCUACUUAUUUGGUUCUAAACAGAAGACCGAAGCUAACAUGGAGAAUACUCGUCCAAGCUUUUGUUUGCGCAAUUUUUGGGUGAAAAUAGGUACAAAGGGAGGCAAGGCAAAGGUGAUUGGAACUCUUGUGGGGGUGGUUGGAGCAAUGGUUCUUACUUUCUACAAAGGUCAUCAGCUCAACAUUUGGUCAACUCAUGUCAACAUUCUGCAUGGGGGUCAACAUAUGCAUGGACAGUACGUGGCAGCAACCCAAAAGACUUCUAUCCAUCAGACCGUUGGCUCUCUAUUGGGACUGGCUUCUUCUCUUUCUAUUGCCCUUUAUUUAUCGCUUCAGGGUAGGAUGAGCGCGAAUUAUCCAUGCCAUUAUUCAGGCACGUUUCUAUUCAUUGUAAUGGGUCUCAUACAAUCGUUUGUUUUUACCCUUUGUACCGAAAGAUCUUGGAGUGAAUGGAAGUUGGGUUGGAACAUUAGAUUGUUUGCCGCUCUUUUUACGGCAAUAGCUUCAUCGUUGUCAAUUAUAUUCAUCACGACAUCUGUACAUUUGCAAGGUCCAUUAUUCGUGUCAAAUUUUAACCCUCUGAUGCUUGUAUUCGUGGCAAUAGCCGGCUCCCUUGUACUUGACGAAAAGUUGCACGUGGGAAGUGUAGUAGGAUCCAUCAUCAUUGUAGCAGGAUUGUACGUGAUGUUAUGGGGUAGAAGCAAUAUGAAUAGGCUGUCUAAGCAAAUGCCUGUGACGUGUUCAGAAAAUGUGAAUGAUGUCUUAAACAAUAACAACACCACGAUCACUCCUACUCGUACCUCCUUUUUGACUACGAAUGAAAACAACGAGUUGCCUAUAUUAUCUACAAGGGUAAAAGAAAAGGAGCAAGAAGUUACUGAAGAAUAA